GCGAGGGCUGCCGACAGUACGAUGCUCCGGCUCGCGGAUGUUUUCUUCAGCUAUGUGGUUGGAACAGAGGAGAAUAACAAGCGAGUCUCGCAGGUUUGACUGCAUCCAGCUCCAGUCCCAGUCCCAGCCAUGGUGUGCUGCCACUCCGGCCCCAGACUCUGCUCCCGCUCGUCGGCCUACACUCUAGCCCUCGGCCUGGGCUUCGUAACCCUGGGGACCAGUCGCAUCCUGCUGCUCAAAUUCUCUGCCAACGCUGAGAACAAGUAUGACUUCCUCCCUGCGUCCGUCAAUCUGCUGGCUGAGGCGCUCAAACUGCUCUUCUGCCUGGUUAUGUCAGUCAGGGUCAUAGUCCGAGAGGGUCGAUCCUGCAGAGACCUGGGCUUCUCCUCCAGCUCGUCCUUCCUCAACUCCCUGAAGUGGGCCAUCCCUGCUUUCCUCUACUUCCUGGACAACCUCAUCAUCUUCUAUGUGAUGACCUACCUUCAGCCUGCCAUGGCGGUGUUGUUCUCCAACUUCGUCAUCCUGACCACAGCCGUACUCUUUAGAAUUGUUUUGAAGAGGCGUCUGUCCUGGGUUCAGUGGGCAGCGUUGGUCAUCCUCUUUUUGUCCAUCGUUUCCUUGACGACGGGAUCAGGAGGCAGCCAGAACUCCAUCGCGGUCCCGGGUCUCCACGCGAACCCCCUCUCCACCCCCUCCAACGCCUGUGUGCUCUACACUCAGCUGCUGGAGCAGAUGAGGAACAGCAGUGCCAGUGAAUCCUGGGCGUCGUCCCUGCCCGGACAGGCCUGGAGGGACAAGGUGGUGGAGAAGCUCCGGUCUCUGGGCGUGGGUCACGUCCUGCUGAUUCUCCAGUGCUUCAUCUCCGCCAUGGCCAACAUCUACAACGAGAAGAUCCUCAAGGAAGGAAACCAGAUCACUGAGAGCAUCUUCAUCCAGAACAGUAAACUGUAUGCCUUUGGCGUGGUGUUCAACGCUCUGACCCUCGGGCUCGGCAGCGAGGCGCGAGGCCUCACCGUGCACUGUGGCCUCCUGCAUGGACACAACUUCUACUCCCUGGGUCUGGUGCUGGUCACUGCUGCCCUCGGUUUAUCUGUGGCUUUCAUCUUGAAGUUCAGAGACAACAUGUUCCACGUGCUGACGGGCCAGAUCACCACUGUUCUGGUCACCACCCUCUCCCUCUUCCUCUUCGACUUCCGCCCCUCGCUGGACUUCUUCCUCCAGGCUCCCGUGGUCCUGCUGGCCAUCUUUAUCUACAACGCCAGCCGGCCCAAGGACCUGGAGUACACCCUGCAGCAGGAAAAGCUGCGGGUCAUCAACGGAGAGGUGUUCGAGAGGUCCAGAGGGGACGGCGAGGAGCUGGAGCUGCUGACCAAGCCCAACACGGACAGUGAGUCUGAGGACUCUCUGUAGCGCCACAGCCUCUUCACUGCUGCUAAUAUCCCACUGCACAAUAGACUCGUACCCCUGAACGCAGCACAGUCACAGGCUCUGUCUGUUGAAGCGUUUACUUCACUGACGUCAGGUAAACAGAGAAUGACAGUGUUGAUUUAUUGUGUGUAUGUUUUGAAAUGUGUGAUUUGUACAGUGAGAGAGGGACACCAGCGUUAAGCUGUAUAUAUGCUGGAUAAUUAUAACACUGCAUUUGCCAGUUGGGAUCAUUAGGAGCUUCUGUUAUUGUCUCCUCUGAUGAUUCCUGUUGUGUGUGCAGCUAUUUCACUGACUGCAGGUGAGUGAUAAGUUUAAUUAAUGAGCAGCUGUUUAAUGAAUGUAACUAAAGCUUUACACUAUUUUUAAUUAUUGCUGGCGCGGUGUUGAUUCUUUGAGGCUGCAUGGAAACAAUCUACAAACUACAGCUUCAAAAAUAAUCACAGCAUUAGAAAAUAUUAAUUACAAGAAAUAU